AUGGAGUCCACGAGCAGUGCCGACACGGCCGGCGCCCUGCCUGUCAGUCUUGGUCAACUUGCUGUCGCUUACGGUUUCAUGCUACUGUCAGUUAUGGCGAUAUGGCUGUUUGAGAUUGGCAUCGAACUGGAUAUGGUUUGGGCGUCCCUUCGUGCCGCAGUCCAGUUGUUGCUCGUAGGGCUCGUCUUGCGCUGGAUUUUCGCUGCAAACCUACCAUUGCUUGUGUUCUUGGCAGUAAGCAUCAUGACUUUGGUUGCUGCCUGGACAGCUUCACAGCGCAUGCACCGACCAAUACCGGGUAUGUUCGUCGCCGUGCUAGUCUCGCUUCUCAGUGGUGCAGGUUUCGUGAUCGUGCAAACAACUUGGACCGUCAUCGGAGUGAAACCUUUCUGGAUGCCGCGUUACUUUAUCCCGCUCUCCGGUAUGAUUCUCGGGAACGCCAUGAACACAGUAGCGUUGUUGGGCGAACGACUCCAGUCCGAGGUAUCCUCGCACGAGAAAGAGAUCGAGGAACUCCUCAGCAUAGGUGCCAGUCCAAAACAAGCGAUCGCACCGGCACUUCGAGCCUCCUUGCGCUCGGCACUGAUUCCGGUCGUGAACUCGAUGCUGACGGUAGGCCUUGUCUCUUUACCAGGCAUGAUGACGGGGCAGAUUGUCGGUAACGGUUCCACGGACACAGCAGCGCGUUAUCAAAUCGUUGUGUAUUAUAUGAUCACAGCAGGUAGUACGCUUUCUGCAUCCUUACUGGCUUUGUUGACGUACGGCAAGUUUUUCGAUCAUAACUCCUGGAGGCUUGUGCGCGAAACGUACACAUCUGGUGCUAGUUGA